GUAAUCUCGUACGGGGGCACCCCGGGCGGAGAUGAAAAGGGAGAACCGCUCGACUAUUUCGCCUACUACGACGAGGGGGUCGUGGUCCCUGACCGACGCGGUAAGGGGAGAGGCGAGGCCGUUGGGACCACGGAAUCCACCAAGAAAGGAACAGGAGGAGUAGGAGAUGGCGAGAAAGAGGCCGAAAAUAAAAACGUGGACCUCGCUUCAGAGGGUAACGAGCAAAAUUUGGAAGUUGGUGAACAAUCUGGAGGAGGAGGAGGAGGAGGAACGAAAAGAAAGUUGGACUUGGAAGAGGCGGAAGAGGGUGAGUUCCAAUUAAUGCCCACUUCCACCGCUACCCAGAGCCCAGACGGAGUCUCUCCUCCAAAGAAGAUUCCCCGGGGCCCGUUGCCACGGAGCGUUGUUUGGGGUGUGCCUGACGACAAACCCAAAAAGCAACGCAGUUCUCCGAUAAUUAGCUCGGUAAGACAGGAGCAACAAGCUAUGAGGUUCCAAGUCUCCUCAUUGGCUGACGAAUUGAGUCGAAAGCUGCAGUUCCUUCACGUCAGUAGUGACGGUGUUUCAGACAUGCAGAUCCUACAAGUGGAAGUCAAGACUCGUCUAUCUGACUGGGAAGAAGGCGGACUGGAAACAAAGUUCCUUCUCUCGAAACUAAAAGAAGCUUCUGACAGCCUCCUAAACUACGAGAAAGAGGCGGCGCCGAAAGGCUGGAGAUUUCUUUGGGAUAGCACAACUUGUCGCUACCAAUUCCAACAUCUGUCCACCGGUGAAAUAAGUUGGGGGUACCCGACUUCUGCGAAUGCUGCUGGAGAAGAGGAAGGCGAAGAAACGACCGAGAGUGUAUCUUCAACUCAGGAAGAGGAGGAAUCUGCUAUGGUUCAAAGUCCUCUCCAUCCCUCCCUCCCUCCUCCUCCACCUCCUCCCCUUCACUCUAGACCACACCCACAACCCGCAAAACCAGUUUUUCAAACUGGUCAACCGUCAACCACUCCCUCUCGUCCCCAAACAAUGACUUCAUCGCAAGCUCCACCCGUGACGUCACCGGGCCCCACCCAAACGAUUACAUCGCCAUCAUCUGUUGCCACGGUAACCAAGAAACCGGUGAAAUCUGCAGCUCUCCCUCAUCAGGUGACGCGUGCGCUGGUCACCCCGGAGAUGAAGCAGUUGGCAAAGGUCGCCGCUGCCACGGCAAAAAAAGGAGAGAAACAGAAAAAGGAUGUGGCCACGCCUACUGGAGCAUUUCUCGAGGGAGGGGAGAUGGUCCCGGCUCCUAUGCCCCGUGCCUGGAAGUACGAAAACGAUGCUCUAAAUCGUCGCGUCAAGAGAGAAGGCUCGAUCGAGCGUCGCGAGGACGUCAGCGAAAAGGAAAUCACGGCAAACGAUGUGCGGAGGAAGCUGUCGUCCAAAAGACCUCAGCCAAGACCGACGCGAUCGUCUGAGGUGGACGUUGCUGAUCUUCCUCCUCCUCCUCCUCCUCCACCUCCUAAAGAUGACACUAAGAAGAGGAGAGUGGUUUCCACGGCAACUGGUAACCUAGAGCGAAGUGCCGACGUUGUCAUGGAAGCCUUACAGGCUCUGACCAAUGAAACGAGGGGCAUUGAUGCUAUAUCUACUGAACCUGUGUCUCCACCUUGUAUAAACCGAGAUCUUGGAAGGAGAGAUGUAUCCGUGGAGACCGAGGCUCCGCCCACCGAAGCUCCGAAGCAGCCGGCCCCUCCCCCUCCCUCCGUGCCAGGUGUCUUGGAGGAGAGUGAGGCGAAGCUUCGAGAGAGGUUGAUAGAGCGAACGAAAAAAUUGCGAGUGGCUGUCACAGACAAGAUACUCAUUCUGCCUGACACAGAACCACCUGCACAGUUGUACCUUAGUAGCAAAGCCCCCUCUUAUUUUUACACAAAUUGUUCUUCCCACAGAGGUGUCUCGACAGAGGGAGAGAGAGGGGCAGCGAAGGAGAAGAUGGAGGUCCCAGCUACCACAGAGGGUGAGAGGGAAGUGGAGGGAGAGAAAGAGGAGGUGAGAGGGAAGAGGGGUGGGACGGCCACGGACAAGACGGAGGACGAAGAGGGGGAGAUAUCGUCGGGCAGUUCCACGCCAGGGCCGGUGUCCGAGUCCCAUUCCGCCGUGACUCCGCGAUGCUACAUGGACAGGGAGGGCGGGGCGAGAAUGGACGCCCAGAGAAGUCGUACGGGGUAUGAUAGUGAUAGCCCUCCGGAGUACUCCGACCGUUACUCCAAAUCGUCGUCGUCACGGAGACGCUACUCCCAGUCGCGCUCUCGUUCCCGCAGCCGUGAUCGCUAUGGCAACAGUCGGAGCUCUAAAAGUCGGCGUGGAGACGACAGUGACUAUUCGGACUAUGGAGGGGAUCGUUCCGAUAAGAAGAGUUAUCACACAAGUGUGUACAGUGACUUCUCGGGAUCAGAUUUUUCCGAAGAAGAUCGUUACUCUCGUCAACGUCGCCACGGCGACUAUGACUCUGACGACGAUUAUCGGGAGAGGUCGAGCGAGCGUCGCUCUCGGAGGUCGCGAAACGAAGACGAAAGGUCGACGUCAAGGAGACGCAAACAUCGAUCUCGUUCGCGGUCGCGCUCAAAGGAGUCGCGUGGUUCGGGAAAACAUCGUCGUAGUAAGGACAAAACCGGUAUCAGCGAUAAGAAGAAGAGGAAGAAGGAAAAGAAGGAGAAGAAGCACAAGAAAGAUCGCAAGGACGAGAACGAGCCUCCAAAACCACCCAAAGAAAGUCACAACAAUACGACCACGGGGGAAGGAGACACGCCUCUGGACAAGGCCCAGGCAGCCAUCGCUGAGAGCAUCGACGAGAAGCAGAAGCAGGAGAGAGAAAUGCUGGAAAAGCGGGAAGAGAGCAAGCGACUGGAGAGCAAGAUACAGCAACACGUGCAGGGUCAUGGCGGACACUCCGGCGGUGGAGGACAACCGGCUCAGGUUGUCACCGGGGCUUACUCUGGGUACCCUACCACUGCGGCACAAGGAGGGUACUAUUCCGGAUUGUACCCCGGCUACCAGUAUCCUGGGUAUGCGACUGGGACGGGAUGGAACCCGGCCCAGUGGAGUGGAACCGAGUACCAGCAGUACGUACAACAACAACAGGCUGGAACUGGGGAACAGCAGUAUGGAAACGUGGAAACCGGAGAACAGCAAUACGGAAUUACGACCAGUUUGCAGCAGUAUGUAGGAGAUGGGGGAGCAUCAGGGAAUAAAACUCGGGCGUACGGAGGAACAGAUGCGCAAGGAACUGGGGAUCAGGUGCCUAAAGAGACAACUGGGCAUCCGGCAGAUGUUGUUACGGCUCAAAAAGCGGACAAACAAAAGAGUGAAGGUGAAGAUGUGUCUGAAAGCAUGGAACAGGGACACGGGGGUUCCGGAACCGGAGAUGUUGGAACUGGAAUCGGGGAACCGGAGAUUGGGAACCAGACUACGUCAUUUGCAAGGGAAGGAGACACGGAUGAUCUCAGAUCAGUCGAAUAUGUCGCCAUGUCAACAAGUUCCCAUGACAACGAGAUUGUUGCCAUGCCGACCGUAUCCACGGGUGACGAUGAACAAGACACCGCGGUAGUCUCGGAGGCACCGGAAGCCAGCGAGGGAGUAGAGGGGGAGAGGGAGGGAAGAGGGGAGGAGGUGGAAGAAACGGCCAGAGUGGAGGUGACGGGGGCUUCAGAAGUGGGUGGAGUCGGGGGAGGGCUUCGUGAUGCUGGACCUUCAGAAGGUGUUUCUGCACUCUCUGGUGGUCGUCAUGACGACGACGACGAUGCAGGUCCAGAGAGCAGUCCGGAGCCCCUCCCACCUGGAAUGGAGCCCGAGUUGACGUCGGGGAAUUCCCCUGCCCCCUUGCCUCCUGGAGAAGAUGUUGUAGCUGUGGAGGAUGGGGCUACCAAGUUACCUGAGAAUGGAACGGAGACUGAGGAACCAGCCCCUCCUGGAAUGGAACCUGACCAGCCAAUUCCUCCCCCUCCUCCUCCUCCAGAGGUGAAAGAAAGCAAAUCAGAUUUGCAAACUCCUCCACCUCUACAAUCGGAUACUACUCCAUCCGCUCCCCCGCCCCCUCCUGUUACCACGGAUACCGGAGUGUGCACCCCGACACCCCAAACUCCCUCCUCCAUCGUUCCAGUUUCAUCCUCCGGGGUAGUCGCCACGGAAACCCCGGUGGUUACUACGACGACCAAAGAAUUGGCUUCAACAAUGGAAGUGUCUAUGGCAACCACCAAACAACCUACCCCCACUGCUCCCAUAACAACGCCUGCCCGUAAAUCAGCCUCUCGUCUCCAGACUCUGCCCACCAACACGUCGUCAACAGCAACAUCGUCGUCGCAGAGUUACGACGUAGCCACGGCGGCCGCUGCAUACGCACACGCGACAAAAACCGGGCAACCAUACCAGUACCCACAACAAAUAGCUGCACAGCAACAGCAGCAGGGUUACAGUGACUACGCGGCGUAUACAGCUUACCUGCAACAAAUGAGUCAAUACGGAGGUGGUUACGUACUGGGGGCAGACGGGCAGUACUACCAGCAGGCGAACCCGUAUGGAGCUUAUGCUGCGGCUGCAGCGGCUGCCGGGGCUUAUGGAGGGUACUACGCUGCUUACAGCUACGCCAGCCCGAGUUAUCCGAGUCCUAGUGGGCAGGUUACAAUAGCAUCUGCAAAAUGCAUUCAGAGGCAGACAAAAAGGAAAAGAAGCCGUGAUGUUCAAGACUUCUUCCCUGAAUUUCCCUGUACUUGAAUGACCAUUGAUGACAGUUUACCAUGUUUAUUGCCUCUUGUGUUCUUUUAUUCUGCUGUAAGUGUAUAAUACUGACUAUUCUGACAGACAA